UCCUACGCGCGCCUUUCACUUUCCCCACACCCGACGAGGCGCAGAGCAAUGGACGCGGGGGGCGGCGAGCAGCUGAGCCUGGCCGCGGUGCGCGACCAGCUGAUCCGCGAGGAGGACUCCAUCGUCUUCGCGCUCAUCGAGCGGGCCAAACGCCCGCGCAACGCGCCGGCCUACUCGGCCGCCGCCGGCUGCGGCUCCGUCGCCGAGUUCUUCGUCCGGGAAGCCCAGGUCCUGCACGCCAAGGCUGGACACUAUCAAAAGCCAGAAGAUGUUCCAUUCUUGUCUCAAGAUCUUCCACCACCUGUCUUUCCUACCAAAGGUUACCCAAAGGUUUUGCACCCUUUUGCUUCAUCAGUCUGUGUGAAUGAUGCAAUAUGGAAGAUGUAUUUCAAUGAAUUGCUACCACUAUUCACUGCGGAUGGCGAUGAUGGCAACUAUGCAGAAACAGUUGCAUUAGAUUUUGCAUGUCUGCAGGCUCUCUCAAGAAGAAUUCAUUGUGGCAAGUAUGUUGCUGAGGUGAAAUUCAAAGACGCGCCUCAAGAUUAUAGCCCACCAAUACGCGCUAAGGACAACAAUGCUCUGAUGAACUUACUAACAUUCACGGCUGUUGAAGAAAAGGUCAAGAAGAGAGUAGAGAAGAAGGCAAGGAUAUUUGGACAGAAUGUUACUCUGGAGGACAGUGUAGGCAAGCCACAUGGUGAUACCUGCGACAGUCACUGCAAAGUUGAUCCAAAAGUGCUUUCUAAGCUAUAUGAUAUAUGGGUAAUGCCUUUAACGAAGGAUGUUGAAGUUGAAUAUCUUCUUCGGCGUCUUAACUGAUUCGCGAAAUAAUUUCAGAUAUGAAUAUAUUGCAUGCUUUUGAGCUUUCCAUAUAUAUGAAACUAAUUAGAGAGGCUUUAUUGAA